AACAGCUUGCAUACUGCACGUGUCAGCUGCCUUAAGAAUGUCACGUAUGGCAGUCGAUUUUGUUGACGUCUAAUCAUAUUCUCGUGCUCGUGCCCUGCUCUGCUCGUGCCGCUUUCGUCAUAUCUAAAGCUGUAGAGUUCUACUAAUAUAUACAUUCAUACCAAGACAGUAACACACAGGCUAAUAAGCGAGUUAAGGUAGGCUACAUGAGAUAUUAUUUCAAAAUAGUUAUUAAAAGUUACAAAAUGUUGUUGAGGUGAAGAAACUCUGCCAAGGCAAAUACACCAAGGGAAUAUAAAGUAACGUUUCUGGGCAGACCGGACUGCCCUGCAUGAAGCAGCGUCCCAUGGCAGGGCCCUGCAGCUGAAACAGCUGCUAGAAAGCGGAGCGUCGGUCAACAUGGUGACGGUGGACAACAUCACUCCGCUCCAUGAAGCCUGCAUACAGGCUCAUCCAAACUGCGCCCGGCUGCUGCUGGAGGCUGGAGCCCAGGUGGAUGUACGGACCAUCCAUGGCAGCACUCCUCUGUGUAACGCCUGUGCUUCUGGCAGUUUGGAGUGCGCCAAGCUGCUCUUGGAGUACAGAGCCAAAGUUAACCCGUCCCUGACAGCCCUCACCGCCUCGCCACUCCACGAGGCCUGUAUACAAGGUAAUGUUGAAGUGGUGAGGUUGAUGAUAGCCAGCGGUGCCCAGCUGGAGGCGUACGAUGUCCACUUUGGUCCACCCCUUCACAUCGCAUGUGCUAAAGGACACGUGGACUGUGUCAAGGAGCUGCUUAAUGCAGGUGCCAGGGUGAAUUCGGUUAAAUUCCACGAGACAGCUUUGCACCACGCAGCACGUGUCGGCAUGGUGGACAUGAUCGAGCUGUUGGUGGAGUUUGGAGCUAACGUGUACGCCAGCGACAACCUGGGAAGAAAGCCUGUAGACUACACAACACCUGCGUCUCCCGCUUACACCUGCCUCAUGGUUUAUGACAGUAAUCCUCUGAGCCUGCAGCAGCUUUGUAGAAUCACCGUGAGGAUGAUGCUUGGCACCAGAGCCUCAGAGGUCAUAGGUCAGCUGGACAUGUCCCACCGCAUCCACAGCUACCUCCAGUACUGUGAUCUCCCCACACCACUAAAGUGACCCAUGAAUGGAUUUCUAAACCUGUAUGAGAGUGCUGUUUGAUUUUAAAUAUAGUCUCUGAAAAGCUCUCAUCUCUAAAAAGUAGCAUCAUGGACAACACAUCUGCUUAUAAUUUAAAAUGUUCGGUUAUCCACCAUAUUGCUUUAAUAUAUGCCACGUGACUCAGGAUUGACGUCAUCAUUUCUGCUUAAAUUAUGUCCUUGUCGUUGUAUUGUAAUAUAAUGUUGUGUAUUAUGUAGCCUUAUUUAUCCUGACGUAGAAUAAAUAGUUGUUGCGUUCUUCACAGAUCAUG